AUCUUUCUCGUGUUUUCCCGCGAAACAAACAGAAAACACAGAAAGAGAAUAAAGUAAUUGAAAAAAAAUGAGAGAAAUUCUUCAUAUCCAAGGUGGACAAUGCGGGAACCAAAUAGGAGCCAAGUUCUGGGAAGUUAUCUGCAAUGAGCACGGAAUCGAUCACACCGGAAGGUACAACGGCGACUCGGACCUUCAGCUGGACCGCAUCAAUAUCUAUUACAAUGAGGCGAGUGGCGGGAGGUACGUCCCACGUGGCGUCCUCAUGGAUUUGGAGCCCGGAACCAUGGAUUCCAUUAGAUCGGGUCCCUUUGGUCAGAUUUUCAGGCCUGACAACUUCGUGUUCGGUCAGUCCGGAGCUGGAAACAACUGGGCCAAAGGCCACUACACGGAGGGUGCCGAGCUCAUUGAUUCCGUUCUAGAUGUUGUUCGCAAGGAGGCUGAGAAUUGCGACUGCUUACAAGGAUUCCAAGUAUGUCAUUCGUUGGGAGGUGGUACGGGCUCUGGAAUGGGAACUCUUCUUAUCUCAAAGAUCAGAGAAGAGUACCCAGAUCGGAUGAUGAUGACAUUCUCUGUUUUCCCUUCUCCCAAAGUUUCUGACACAGUUGUCGAACCAUACAACGCCACGCUUUCAGUGCAUCAGCUAGUUGAAAACGCCGAUGAGUGUAUGGUUUUAGACAAUGAAGCUCUCUAUGACAUUUGCUUCCGAACCCUAAAACUUGCCACUCCUACUUUUGGUGAUCUCAACCAUCUCAUCUCUGCCACCAUGAGUGGCGUCACAUGUUGUCUACGGUUCCCUGGACAGCUUAACUCGGACCUUCGAAAGCUUGCGGUUAACCUCAUUCCGUUCCCUCGGCUGCACUUCUUUAUGGUUGGAUUCGCCCCACUAACAGCCAGAGGAUCCCAGCAAUACAGUGCCCUCUCUGUGCCAGAGUUGACUCAGCAAAUGUGGGAUGCCAAGAACAUGAUGUGCGCUGCUGACCCUCGCCAUGGUCGGUACCUCACCGCCUCGGCCAUGUUUCGUGGCAAGAUGAGCACGAAAGAGGUGGAUGAGCAGAUGAUUAAUGUCCAGAACAAGAACUCCUCAUACUUCGUUGAAUGGAUACCAAACAAUGUCAAGUCUAGCGUUUGUGAUAUUCCACCAAAGGGUUUGAAGAUGUCUUCCACUUUCGUUGGAAACUCAACUUCGAUUCAGGAGAUGUUUAGGAGAGUGAGUGAGCAGUUCACGGCUAUGUUCAGGCGCAAGGCGUUCUUGCAUUGGUACACCGGUGAAGGAAUGGAUGAGAUGGAGUUCACUGAGGCUGAGAGCAACAUGAACGAUCUGGUGGCUGAGUACCAGCAGUACCAGGAUGCAACUAUUGAUGAGGAGGAAUAUGAGAACUACGAGGAAGAAGAAGAAGAGGUUAUUGAAUGAUGGAUAUCUGUACUGUAGCUCUCUUCACUUCAGUUUGUUUUUAAUAUUUUUAUGGUUGUUGGCUCUUACUUUAAGUUUCACUAAGUUAUGCCACUUGUCCCACAUUCUGUUUUA